UGUGUGUAUAUACACAUACACACAGAGAGAGUUGCUUCAUUCUCUGUGGCUGUAUGGUGAGGAACAACACGUGCCUGUCAGGUGAGCAGGAAGGCACUGAGCUGGCUGGCCAGCUCGGUGCUGGGCUUACUGGGACUGGAGCAGAGCUCAGGGCACUGCUGUGAGGGGUGCUGUGUUUUUGAGACCACUGCUGUCUGAAUGUUGUCACAGUACACACACUGCUGUAGGAUGAAGCAGAGUUCUAUUGCUUGGGUUGGUACUUGAUGUAUUUGAUGUUCUGGAUUUACAACAGGUGCACAGUGGGUGGUGUAAAGUGUGAUGAUGGGGAAUGAGUGCUUUAUGGAUCUCUUUGCUGGCUCAUCCUUCAGGAAGGAAGGAGGGAAUCCUCACAGGGCUAAAACUGGCUGCUCUGCGCUGACUUGCAUAGCUGACAACUGUGAAGGGCUUCCCUCUUAUGUCAUGGAGAUACUUGGAGGUGCUGUCCACCUUCAGGUGUGGCAUAGCACCUGCUCACGUGGCUGUGUGCUCAGUGCCUGUUCCAGUGCAAGUCCAUGGGGAGCUGUGAGGCCUGUGUUCAGGUCGGUGCUGUGGGGGGCUCAGCUGCCCCUGCCUCCUGGAGGCCUUCAGCUGGGCUGGGAAGCUGUGCAGGCUGUGCAGUGAAGAGCUGUGCGUGCAACAGGCCAGGGGCUGGGAGUGUUUCCUGAGUGCUGCGUUUGGUUGUUCUCACAGUAGUGCCCUGGUGCUUGUAUUUAGCUUUCUAGUCUGAGCUAGCAUGAAAACAAACCUACCAGGUUCGGAGUCAGCACGCUUCUCUUUCACAGCCCUGCAGAGCUGCUCAGUGGCUGAGCCUGGGACAACACAAACAAGUUUGAUUUUGGGAUUUUAUUCCAUUUGUGCUUGUCACUAAGUGUCUGCUUCCUGAGCAGCCUGCUCGUGUGGGUGGUGGGUAGGUGUGGGCUCUGAGCUGAAGGUUGAGGUAGUUUGGUUCUCGUCAUGCAGCCACGCACUGAAACUUGUAAGAGGAUUGCUUCAGAGUGAGGCCUGGCUGACAUAGGUACUUCAGAAACGCGAGUUUCUGUUUGUGGACUCGAGCUAGUUACUGAAGGCCUUGUGUUCUGUUGUUGAACCACCUCUAGUCUGAUGAAACAACAGGGUGAAUGAAGUUCUGCAGUAAAUACAAGUGCUGUGGUGGAGCAGCUUGGGAGCUGUUGUGGGGCAGGAAGAUGGAGGGCUGGCAGUGUGUUAUUGGCUUGGAGCUGCCCUAGCUCUGCAGCCUGGGCUAGUGUGAUGCAUGAGAAAUCUGGAGCGUAGUCAAGGCAUUAAGUUUUAUUCUCAGUGAAGGCAAAGUUAACCUGAUAGACCCUGUGACUUAGUGAGAGUUGUGUGAGUGGAGUGUCGGGAAACCCAGGAGAGGUAACUGAUGUGUGCACCAAAUACACUGCGUUGAUUUAAGGAGUGACCGUGUUCUGGGCUGUUAGUGUGGUGGUGGUACCAUUCCUGUGGUCUCACCUCACUGAUGUAUGAAGCUGAUGAGCAGUACUCCCACGAAGAACAGGAGCAAUAGCCCAAGCGCUACCAGCAGCUUUUAUAGCAAUAAUGUGAUUGGUGUUGAUUAAAUGAAACAACUGUUUCUGUUUUUUGUUUUGUUUGUCUAGGAGUUGAAUGAUCUGGCACGUGAUCCUCCAGCACAGUGUUCAGCAGGGCCUGUUGGUGAUGACAUGUUCCAUUGGCAAGCUACAAUAAUGGGACCAAAUGACAGUCCCUAUCAAGGUGGAGUAUUUUUCUUGACAAUUCACUUCCCAACAGAUUAUCCCUUCAAACCACCUAAGGUUGCAUUUACAACAAGAAUCUAUCAUCCAAAUAUUAACAGUAAUGGCAGCAUUUGUCUUGAUAUUCUACGAUCACAGUGGUCCCCAGCACUAACUAUUUCAAAAGUACUUUUGUCCAUCUGUUCUCUGUUGUGUGAUCCCAAUCCAGAUGAUCCUUUAGUGCCUGAGAUUGCACGGAUCUACAAAACAGAUAGAGAAAAGUACAACAGAAUAGCUCGGGAAUGGACUCAGAAGUAUGCGAUGUAAUUAAAGAAAUUAUUGGAUAACCUCUACAAAUAAAGAUAGGGGAACUCUGAAAGAGAAAGUCCUUUUGAUUUCCAUUUGACUGCUUUCUAUGAGCCCACGCCUCAUCUUCCCCUGUGCACAUGUUUACCUGAUACAGCAGUGCUGCGUGUUGUACAUACUUGGAACAACAAAAUAGAAAUACUGUAUUUCCCCGUACCAACAUUGACUCCUAGCAGAGAAGUGUGUGUGUGAAAAGCUGGUUCUUCAGUCAUAACUUUGUGAGCCUAAAAGCAUUCCUUGUUCGUUUAAAUUGGGUAAUAAAAUGUGAACGGGAGAGUUAGGGUGGAUUUAAUGUUUCUAGGGGCAGAGCUGUUGAUCCAUGAAGGAUUUUAAGUGGAAUCCUUUUAAACUCAUAACAGUUAUGAAAAACAAGGUGAAGAACUUGAAGCUGUUCCUGUAUUCAUUUUAUUCUGAAGGACCUACACCUUAGGUAAAUGUUCUGACCAAUGAAUUAAACUGUACCCGCAUCCUGUGUUGAAGGUCUAAGUUUAACUGGUCAACAUUUAAAUGGAUCAGAGCUAUUAGUGCAUCAAGUGAUGUUGAUUUGUUUCAACUCUCUCCCCUCCUUCAUGCUCUUUUUGGUUUGUACGUGGUUUCUCAGUUAAUACAUAGCUAAUAGCUCUUAUUUUUCUUAAGUUUUUUAACUGCUUAGGUCUUUCUGGAUGUAAGGGUAAAAAUCCAUUUGACGGAAAACUUGUGUAUAUUUAAAAACCCAACCGCUCCCCUGGAGCUUGUACGUUCAAGAAUGAUUAAUCUGUGUAAUAAACUGAUUACUACAGUCAUUACAUAUAA